CUUAAACCCGGGACAGACAAUCCAGCCUCUGUUCCGGAUCCUGUCGUGAGAGACAGUCCCAGCUACAAAGUUACGGCCAGCAGCCCCUCCAGGGCUCAGCCUCUCUUCUGUUACCUUGUCCUGCUUUAACUUGGAGCACUUGAAUUUGUCUUUCUAGGUGCUUCGUGGAAGGGCCACCCUGGCUACAGUGUCGCUGCUUGGAAGAUGUGAACUGUUAAAACGCAUUUGCCAUAGAAACAGGCAGGCACUGAGAGUUCCUGAGGCUGAGGGCUUCGAAGGCCUUGGAAAACUGAAAGUUACUAUGUGAUUUUGCAGUAUCAGGUAGGAAAAAUACAAGCUGGGAUGAUCUGAUUCUGAGACACCUCCAAAAAUCUUUAAUCCACUGCUGUAUAAUUCACAAGGUGUGACCAUUACAUGAGACUAGUUUUUAUUGUCUGACUUGUGGAAGCAGAGAAGUGGCCCUAGUGGAACAUGCUUUACUUUGCAGAAAAAAUCUUUUCAUGGUCCCUGAAUCAGUAUUGUAGUUAUAGAGUAUAGACAAGCAUGCUUCCUAAUGGUGUAAAAAUGAGUGACCGUUACUUAGAACAAAGAAUUCAUAUCAAACUCUGUGUAAAGCUAAACAAAUCUGCCAGUGAGACACUUGAAAUGUUAAAAGAAGCUUAUGGGGAUGAAGUAAUGUCAAGAGCAAGAGUUUUUGACUGGCACAAAAGAUUUAAGGAAGGUAGGGAUGAUGUCCAUGAUGAUGCACGGAGUGGUCGACCAAUCACCCACAGGACCAAUGAAAAUGUUGAGAAGGUUAGAGAUUUGGUUCGUUCUAAUAGCCGAUUAACUGUAAGAAUGAUGGCUGAAAAGUUAUCUUUAGAUAAAGAGACGGUUAGACUUAUUUUGAAGGAGAACUUGAAUAUGAGAAAAGUUUCUGGGGAAAUUGUGCCUUGUACAGUUUCAGUGGAUGAUGGUAGUGAGGGAGAACUGAAGUAGAGGAGUGCAACAAUUUUCCAUUGGAAUUUGUAGGAUUAAUUUAACUUUCAGAGGUUUUUGCCUUACUCCGUUAAAUUUCAUUGCUUAAUAGAAACUUAAGCUAAAAUAAGCUUGACCAUCUCCAAACAUUGUCAUUAGGUUUUACUGGUAUGAAAUGUGAAGAAGGUAUAAAUGAAACAUGAAAGCAGUGAUGAUAUCAUGGAGUUGGCACCUCCUAGUUUAUCAUAGUGGAAGAACUAGAUUUUUAAAAAAUUUUUUCUUUUGCAUGGGAUGGUUUUGCCUCAUUGCUAAGAUUUAGCCCAUAGGUCUGAAAGGUGGGUACCUGGUAGCUUAAGGGUGAACCAGGACAUCUUUAAACAUAAGAGUAGUAGGAGAGCAGAUUCACCAGGUCUAUACAUAUCUGAAGAAAAUGCUGUUGGCAGAGAAGGAAUGAAAGCUCACCUUAUGACAGGACAGUGAUUGAAGCAAACCAGCAAGAGUAGGAUACCAUGAAAAAGCUGUUGGAAAAAGGUAGGAAAGGGCUUUGGCAAAAAAAAAAAAUGAUUGCAAUUUUAGUUUGAAAUUAACUAGUAGACCCCUGAUUAUGUGAAUUUCAGGCUUAGCUACUGAAAGUUCCCUAAGUUACUUGAAUCCAAAAUCUCUUCUGAUGCUUUUCUUCUGGGAAAUGAAAUUUGUUUAGUGGAAAGAUUAAUUCAGGAUUGAUAGGCAACUAAUACUUUGAACUCUCUCAUGGUUGGCAUAAGGCCUAAAUUCUUCAAAGCUAAAAAAAAAAAAAUGCUAAGUGACAAUGCUGCUAUAAAUGUUGAUGAAGCCACAGUGACUUCAAGACAGCUUUAAUAGAGUAGUUAGUAAUUAAUGCCAUAUAGUUGACAUAUAGCUAAGAUUUGGUAGAUUGUAAGAGUCUAAGACUAAUUCAUUAAGUUAUAUCAAUAAAUUGUCUUCCAUUAGUUCCUUUUAAUUUAAAAAUUUGGUUGAAUGAAUUAGUAUAUUAGUAUCAGUCAAGCAGAAAACCUGUUUCUCAUAAAAUCACUAUUGACCAUAGAAAUUGACGUUUUCAUAAUUGUUCCAUGUCAAAUUUACUCUUUUGGAUCAACCAGUAGUUUUGAAAGGGAAUGGAGAGGAAGAAUAAUAAUCAGUUUCUUAAUGUUAUGGAUUACUGUUCUAAGAUGUUGGAAAUAUUUCAGAUGAAGAGGCCGUAGGACUUGCAAUCAGAAUUAUAUAGUAGCUGAGCACGGAACACUAGAAAUUAUCAAGGAAUUUACCAUCUGUUAGUUUUAGUCUUCAGGUAAAUACUUAAUGCUGAAAUGUUAAUGAUUCAUGACUUUUUCAUUACACCAAUGACAUCAGUUAAUGGCUUCCCUUGAGCUUCACUAAUAGAUCAUCAGAAUAUCUGGGGAGUGUUGUAGAAUUACAGUUGGUCUACUAGGGAUUGAAAUUCACAACUCACAAAUUGGAAGACAGCAAAGUAAAUGAGGUUUAUGAGGAAGGCAUGACUUUUAAAAAUUACAGUCUGGGAGAGAUAACAACAAUAAAGCCUACAAUCCAAAAUGGUAGGAACUAAUAAUUGUUUGUUAUUGUAUUUUAGCUUGACCUUGUUUUGGUUAGCAAGGUUAUUGUAUAAAGUAUAUAAAAGUAACAAAUCACAAACUGCUAUUUAAAAUUGUCAUUAGUUAAUUGUUAAUAUCUACAUAUUUAUCAUUGCUAGAUAUAUGUCACUGCUAGAUCUUAGUCCAAUCACAUUUUUCCUUCCUGACAUAAGGUGCAAUGCUAUGUUAUGCUUAUGUUACUGCUUUGUUUUUUUAAUUUGAGACAGUACAGAUUGAUUUUGUUCAAGGAUUGAAACACUAACAAUGAAGUUUUCUAGACGAUUAUUCCACUACUAACCUCUUGGUCUCCUUAGGCUUCUGACCUCUUCCUUACCCUCUUACAUCUAGUUAAUUGCCUUCAUUGAAACCAUAAAACAUCUGUACUUUAGCAGCCUUUUUGUAACCUUCAUUUUUCCAUUAUAACUUUAUGUUCUUUUCGCAAAGACCGGGUAAAAGUAAAUGUUGUUCCCUCUCAGCUGUUGUUAACAAAACUACCUAUUGUUUUAAAUAGUGCUGUUCCUCUUAUUUCUGUCAGACCCAUGUCACUACUCUUUAGACAUAACUAUGCGUCCUGAACAAACUACCCAUUUUCUUACCCAGGCACAAUUUAUCCUUAGUAUAUAACAAAUAACCUUUGCAAACAAAUCUCUGCAAUUAUAGUUGUAUGCAUGUCUAUGUAUGUUAUGUUCAUAGCCUUUCUAAGAACUAACAGAUUAUAAUUCCCCAUAAUGUCUACAUGAUAUAUUGUGUAUAUUGAAUAGUCUUGACUAGUCCUUUUCAUGACUUCUAUUCAUGGUGCCUUCACUUGAGGUUUGUGCUUUUUGAUGUGUCAAACCUAUUAAAUGUAAUAUAAAAAUUUGAGCUUACACACUUACGAAUUUAAAUUUAAGUUGGCAUGAAAAGGUAAUAGCAAGUGAGUCCAAAUUUUUCGAUAACUAGAUAUUGUAUAAUUUAUUGUGAGUGAAUGAUUCAUUUUUAAAGUGUUUACUGUGUACAAGGCACUGGGCCAUCCUUUAUCUUAAGGAAGACCAUAUCGUUAAGUAAAGGAAAAUUAUAUUAGAAUAAUUAGAGGCUUGAAAUGCUUACCGGUUAUACUUAAAAUUGUUGGAAAAAUACUGUAAAACAGUACUAGAAGUAUUCCGAUCAUUUGAGGGAUGAGUAUGGCAAUCUAUCCCUAAGCCUUUACUAUUUUACACAAAGUAGUGUCCAUUCACUACUAAGCUGUCGCAGGAUAAAUGGCACAAAUCUAGUAAGAAUUUUUUUUUCCCCACGGACUUUCCUUAACUGGUUUUAGGUGCAACCAUUAUUCAGUUAGGGGCUUUUUACUUAGUACUAACAUGUUUGUCAUAUUCUAAACCUGUUAAAUAUCCAUUUAGCUUAUGGAAACAUUGUAGAGUUUAUAUGUUUAGGAACUAAUUUACAUUAAGUUUUGCACCUUGUCAUAAUUACAUGAAUUUUUUUUCAUAUUUUCUUAAGACUGAUACCUAUUGCUAGUGAUAUUUUGUAGCUAAGAAAUGCCUGUUGCACACUCUCAAAUUCACCUUUUGGGAAGGAGAGAGCAUGGAAACUGUUUAAUUGUAAUGAAAUAACAAUAAAACUUCUAUAAGAGA